UGUGUGUACUGGAGUGUCUGUUUCUAGACUAUGGAGGUUCCGGUCGUGUUAGGGGAGGUUAGUGAAUCCCCAGACGCAGUUUUUCACGGACCUUAUCAAAGCGUUUUUCAAAGCGUACGCGUUGUGCGAGCGAAUAGCACCGCCGUCUCAGAGAGUUUGAACAUUUGGACCUCAAAAAAGUGCGACUGCUUGCACGAUAAAGCGGCGAGGGAAAUGCGUUUGAGCAAGCUGUCUCCUAGCAAAGUAAUAUGCUGCCCCGAGAAAGCGCGCGAGAGUCCGAGUUCACUGAUGGAGGCAGAGGCGAAUCGAAUCAAUUUUCUCAAGAGUUCAAAAGGAAGCAAAAGCGCCCUGUCCCUGUUAUCUGGCAGCUCGGACAGUGCAGACGCCACUGAAAUCAGCGCGGGUUUGCAAUGGGGCGCCGAGACAGGACGGAAAUGCAGCGGCGCAGCUGAAGUUCGCACACGCGAGUUAAAUUUGAACCGUGACGCUAGUGUGGCGAGUUGUCGCGCGUGCAGCAGCACCAUCUCUGAGACAGCGCGACAGCUGUGCAAAGCCGUGUCCGUGUCUUUGGGGUUGGCUAUGGAGUCCAGCGAACUGGGCGAGGUGGGACCGCACAAUGCGCCGCCAACGCCCCUGACCACUGAAAGUAGUUGUGAGGACACCUAUUUGUUCGGAAUGCCUUUGCUAGACUGUUCAGUGAGCGAACGGGAGGCAGGAGGGAAAGACAGAGAAUACGCUCUCUUGGCGGGACGAGACAGAUUUGCCGAGAUGCAGGGUAGGGAUAAACUGCUCGGGAUGUUUAAAAGUGCCAACCUGGAGCAUCUACCAGGUGAGGUGUCGACCUGGCAGUGCAGCAGCUCGUCACAUCCGCACUUAAACGCGUUUGCCAGUCUGACUUCAGAAGGUACAGCUGCGACGACAGCUCCGGAUAUGGACGCAACACGGACGGCUUCGUGCCAGUUCGAACAACUUUUGUCAGCGAAUAUGAACCAAUUCGUCCACCCAGAACCUUUGCUCUCUGAGCACGAUAACGGGCCGAGCCACAGCUUUGUUAAGCGCACAGCGAUGUCCGGUGAGUUUUCCGGGCCCGCGGAGGAGAGAUACUCCGAUUACCAGAAUAUGUACAACGUCAAAAUUAAAGCUGAGAUGAUGCCCUGUGAACUGAAUGAGACCUGGACGUACCCGCAUAGGUAUAACGAGGACAGUAACAGACACUACGGGCCUCCCAAGCAGAGAAAUCCUUACACUACUGGCCACGAAACACCAUUUAUAUGUAACCCCUACGAGUACGGGCGCGGCGGGACUCUGGUUCCGCGGGAGCGACCUCAGCCCGAACAGUGGUACCCGGGCGGGAUGUUGACCCGUCCGCCAUACCCUAACGUGCCCUGCGUGAAAAACGAAGUGGGCGAAUGGCUGGAUGUAACAUCGUUAACGGACGGCAGGUUUGAUGGAGGGAGGAGUGACAUUUUCCCAAUGGAGUUUUUCCUUCCACCACAAAGGACAUGCCUAAUCUGCUCUGACGAAGCAUCUGGAUGUCACUACGGAGCCCUUACUUGCGGAAGCUGCAAAGUCUUCUUUAAGAGAGCUGCUGAGGGGAAGCAGAAGUAUCUCUGCGCUAGCAGGAAUGACUGCACCAUUGAUAAACUAAGGAGGAAGAACUGUCCAUCUUGUCGUCUGAAGAAGUGCUUUGAGGCAGGGAUGACACUAGGAGCUCGUAAACUGAGGAAGAUCGGACAGAUGAAAGGUCCAGAUGACGUUGGGGCCGUUCAGGGCCUACCAGAGACAGUUCAGCACCUGUCCCCCAAGCCAAGCCUGACAUUCCACUCUCAACUGAUCUUCCUCAACAUCCUGGAGGCCAUUGAGCCUGAGGUGGUGAACGCCGGCCAUGAUCACGCUCAGCCUGACUCUGCGGCUGCUCUCCUCACCAGCCUUAAUGAGCUGGGAGAGAGGCAACUUGUCAAAGUAGUGAAAUGGGCAAAAGGACUUCCAGGUUUCCGGAACCUGCACGUGGACGAUCAGAUGACAGUGAUCCAGCACACCUGGAUGGGAGUGAUGGUCUUUGCUCUGGGCUGGAGGUCCUACAAAAACGCCAAUGCACGGAUGCUGUACUUCGCUCCGGACCUGGUUUUCAAUGAUCGUAGGAUGCAUAUCUCCAGCAUGUACGAGCACUGUGUUCAGAUGAAGCACCUCUCGCAGGAGUUUGUGCUGCUGCAGGUCACUCAAGAGGAGUUCCUCUGCAUGAAGGCGCUCCUUCUUUUCAGCAUCAUUCCAGUGGAGGGACUGAAGAGUCAAAAAUAUUUUGAUGAGCUGCGUCUGACAUACAUAAAUGAGCUUGACCGUUUAAUCAACUAUGGCAGGAAGACCAACUGCGCCAUGCGCUUCCAGCAGCUGACCCGACUGAUGGACUCAUUGCAGCCAAUUGUUCAGAGGCUGCACCAGUUCACCUUUGACCUAUUUGUCCAAGCUCGGUCCCUGCCCACCAAGGUCAACUUUCCCGAAAUGAUAGCAGAAAUAAUAUCAGUCCAAGUGCCAAAGAUCCUCGCUGGCCUGGCUAAACCAAUCCUGUUUCACAAGUGACACGACUACAACCUUGUACCACCGAUCCAUACCAACCCCACCCAGUCAAUAUGAGCAAAUCAGAUCGGCCUGAUCCAGUUUGAUCCAGCCUAAACCAGCCUCCAGACUCGACUAGAGCGACGAGACUGAACGAUACAGAUUUUUGGUUUUAAUUUUUUAGCAUUUCUUCCACCCCCCCUCCCUCCUUUUGAAAAAUGGCCCUGAAAAGAAGCGGGAUCAUUACAUCAUUACAGCUGUCUAUCUUCUCCUCAGAGAUCAUUUGAUCUCAUUUUCUCAAACUAACAGCAUGGUGUGAAGCAGGUCUUGUUCUUUCUUUCGACCAGCAGUUAUCCUUCAAGAGUUACAGCGUGUUGCCUGGUGAAGAGUUUGGAAAAAAUAUCACACUGAAGUUCAUUUGAGCCCUUAAUCAACAUCAACAACAACAACAAAAAAAGACUUUACACAGAUCCCUAUGAGAUACGCGAGACUCUGACUUGCCUUGACUUUCUAUACAUCAUGUCUGCAAGGCUUGAUUUAAUGAUUUAAGAGAUUAGGAGCAGACAAAGCAAAGCAGCAUGCAUACAGAAGUACAUCUAAACGUCACAUAAACUGAGACAUGAUUUUAUGUCCUUGUGACCAGUUAGUUUGACAAGUGACUCUUAUUAGUUAUAACAACACACUAAUAAAUACAGUACUGUACUAUUAAAACAGUAUGAUAUUCAGUACAGAAGGACAUCAGCAGACUGGCAAACAGUUCUCCCUGCUUUAUUAGUUUAUUGAUUGCAAAACAAAUGCUUCAUUCAUUUUUUACGAAAUGUAGAGGCUCUUUAUAUCAACCCUUUAAAAAGGCUUCAGUGAUUUGGGAUAUUUUGAGAUCAGUACAAAAGUGACUUUUUUGUUCAAUCGAAAGUCUGUAAAAAUCUGUCAUAGUGGGGUUUGAAAUUUGCUUUUGCUACUGUUUUACUGAGAAUGAAACACAAGAAACAUCUCACAGUCAUAACACAAAGAGUUGCCUUCUCUAGACAGCAGACUUUUGUUAAGACAGUGCUAUUUUUUAAAACCUGGAUAUAUAAUUACAUGUUUUAGUUUAUAAUGUUGACAGUUUAAAGACUUAUAUAUAGAACACAAAUACAGCAAAGCCUGGGUCGGCAAAGAAUGUCGAAAUAAAUGUGCAUGCUCUCUUCAUAUUCAUCAAAACUAAAUGCAAUUGCAUGCUAAAUCCCUAGUUAUUCUAACAAACCAAACUGCAUUUCCAGUAAGCUAAAUGGAUAUUGUUAGGAAACGGGACUGUUUCCCAUAAGGCUCUUAUGAAGUUACCCUCUCUGUCCUUAAUGGAAGAUUUGGCAAGGUAAUGUUCUUGUAUAUAUAUGUAAAAGUUAAGCGUGGUUCUUUUCAGCCUUUCUAUGUGCUAAUGUAUGAAUGUAGUCAAUAGUUUUACGGUACAGUUUCCUCUCUUUCCUUUAUAGUAAGUGUCACUGAGGGAUUUGUAUUUCUCUGCGCUAGCAAUAAGUAAUCAGAUGCUUAACACACUCUUUUAACGAGCUCUUCUUAGGAUACCAAAACAUUCUUAAACAGCUUUAAAAAAAGAAAGAAAGAAAAAAACUAAAAAGAUAUAUGCUUAUGUGCUAACACAGGAUAAUGCAGUUAUUUUAUCAGAUAAAUAUCACUUGCACCAAACAUCUUAAUCACCAUCAACUGUCGCAAAUAGGCGGCAAGUGGUGCUAUAUUCUCGUGUUUAUUUAAGAGGGUGCUAAAUGAGACAAAAGACAACACAAAAACAAGACGUAUGCAUUUUUGCUCUGUGUAGCUACACACUUUCGCUUCAAUUAAAGCAUUCUCUAUUUAUCUGUCAGAAUGGAACAUCUUUACUCUCUUUGCUCAUACAGUGCUCCAGAACUGCGCAUAUUUUCUAGGCGUCGUGUCACCUUUUUGUCUCCGCACACUCUCGGUUUCUAAAUGAUUGAAUAAUGCCUGCAGCAAUAUGUAUGUAGAUUACUCUUUAAAGAGCCCUGAAUUCUCAGCGAUGUGUUGUCUUUGUCAGGCCUGGUGUGACCUGGGGUGUACUUUCAGCAGAGCAGGGAGUUUUCCGCCAAGUUAAAACGACGAGAUGUUUUUUAGCUGCCGCAAGCUCUCGUUGCCGCAGAGCAUGUUGAUGGUUUAAAUGUGCCAGGCAGAGAAUAGGCUGUCAGAGACAGCUCUUCUGCUCUGACAGCACCAAGCACCACACAAUUACAUGCAGGUGUUUACCCAUUUAGACGGCCUGAAAGCAUUCAUUAGAAUUUGCAGAACUCUUUUACCCUGCCAAAAAAAAGCUCAUGACUUAAACCCGCAAAUAUGUAGCGCUUCAGGACAGAGCCAAACACUUUGAUCAAAAAGUCAUUAAUUAGACAGUGGACUUCAAGAGGGUUUGAUGGUAAUUAUUGACAAACUGCAAUAGAACGCAUGCACUUAAACAGCUGCCCAGCUCUAGUUCAUAUUCAGCUUUGAUGGGGAAGGAAACACUCUCACUCUUCUGUUUACAGUGGAAAGUUUGUAAUAUGUCAGUUACCGAUACUUGAUGUAACACCUCGUUUGACUCAUGGACUGACUUGUGCUUGGAUGGCCCAUUAGCAGAUUUACAUUGUGACUUAACACAUCUCUUAUGUGCUAUGAUGUAGAAAUUAUGUGUGUGUUGGUUUUCAAUUAAAGUCUUACAUGGUUUCAGAUCUAAGAUUUACUCUUACUGUGUGCAGUGUGGUCAGCUAAUAGCAAAAGCAUAUGUGUAUGCCUGUUCGCAGGCUCUGCGUCACCUCAAUUAUAGGUACAAACAU